UAUGUAGAUAUCAACGUAUAUCAUAUCAGACUGGGCGUAGUAAUAAAAGUGGCAAGCCACCCUCGAGGACGAGCGUCCUCAAGCGUCAAUCACGACGAGCAUUGUACCUUCAAUGGUUAACCAAAUUCCUGUGCCUCAGGCAAAAUAUGAAUUAUUAACGGACGUUCGACAACCUCGUUGGAAAACACAGGCACUGUGCUUGGUAUUAAUAUCCUUGGUGCUUGGGAUCCUUUUUGUAACACGUGCCUGGAUAGGAAUUCUUAUCCUUAGCUCACCAAAAUCUGAAACACUAGAUACAGAGACAUUGUUCGACAAUGCCAAGAUUGCUACGUGGCUACGUCGGGCUCGGAUGUACGCCGAAUCGACGAAGGAGAACCAGAAUGCGGACAGGAACAACAGCAUCAGUUCGCCACAGCAGUUCUACACCAAUUCCACAAGGCAGAUCAUCGUCUGUUAUUACACCAUACCGGGGGACCUGAACACGCUCUGGGAGCUCAGUUCGUCGCACAUUGACCCUAAUAUUUGUACGCAUAUUAUCGUGGGUUUUGCGAGCGUGGUGAACUGUAGCCUAGACUUAGGCAACAGUUCAUCGAUCUACAAGGAUAUUCUCACCUUGAAGAAUCAGCAACCUGAACUAAGGGUCAUGAUCAGCGUCGGCGGCAGUAACGAGCUCCAUUUAGGUUUUUCGGAAAUGGUAAAAAACCAUGCUAAUAGAAAACGGUUUAUAAAAUCGGUGUUAAACGUGACAAAGUCGUUUGGUUUUGAUGGAUUAGACUUAGAUUGGGAAUUCCCGGCAUGGCUCGGAGCCAACGAACUAGAAAAAAUUCAUUUUACACAGCUCCUGGAAGAAUUACGAAAAGAAUUCCAACUAGCUAAACAGGCAUUAAUACUUUCUGUUGCUGUAGCUGCUCCUCAAGCAAUCGUCGAUCAGAGCUACAACGUUCCAGAAAUGGCAAAAUACGUAGAUUUUGUGAAUCUGAUGGCAUACGACUACCAUUUUUAUGUUUGGUAUUAUCCAAUCACCGGACUCAAUGCACCGCUCUUUACACGUUCUUCGGAAUCUGGAUACCUUUCUACCUUAAAUCUGAAUUUUUCGGCUCAAUAUUGGCUUUCAAGGGGCAUGCCAAGAGAGAAACUAAUUGUUGGAAUUCCUACUUAUGGCCACUCUUACAGACUGGACAAUCCAUUGAAUCAUGGCUUGCUUGCACCAGCAAACGGAUUCGGAAAACUGGGUGGAAUGGGCUUUGUUUCCUACCCUAGAAUUUGUGAGUUCCUUCAAAAUGGUGCGAAGAGUGUUUUUGAAAACGAGAGUAAAGUUCCAUAUGCUUAUAAAGACAGAGAAUGGAUAUCGUACGAUGAUGUUACAAGUGUUUAUUACAAGGCCGAAUGGAUUCGUGCAAACAAUUUUGGAGGUGCAAUGAUAUUUUCCUUGAACGUCGACGACUGGAAUAAUACGUGUAAAUUUAAUGAAACGUUUCCUUUGACGCGUGCUAUCACCAAAGUCUUGAGGUAUCAAGAAGACUAAUGUAUUUGCCAGUUAAUUCUUUUUAAAUUGUGAUUUCACAUUCCAAAUAGAUAUAUUACAUUCCUAAAGAUGCAAUUAAUUGUUACUAUUAAGCUUUAAUUAAGGUACGCGAUAACAACACAAUUUUUCCCGAUAAAAUAUAUAAUAAUAGAAGGUAAUAUAUUCGUCUGAUUUGAUGAAAAAUCUAAAUAUGUACUAGGUGAAUCAGUUUUAAAUUUGCACGUCAAAUUCGUUUUACAAAAAGCUUCACACCAAAUUCGUUUAAAGUGAAAAUAUUUUUGUUGCAUUUACAAUUAUUAUUAUAUAUAUAUAUAUAUAUAUUUAAGUGUCUGAUUAAUUAUGUAUACAUAUGAUUAUAGAUAUACCUGAAAGUACAACCACGAUUUUAACCCUUUCGGUACAGUGGAUGUCACUGUGAACAUUAAUUAUGGUCGUGUGACCGCACUGAUGUGCGUAAACUACAGCCGUGCUUUUUAUAACAUUGCUUUUCCAAAAUUAUCGAUUCUGUAAAAAAAUUUAUAUUCCCCGACAAGGGAAAUCUAAUACCGUAGGUAUAAAAUUUAAUGAGGAAGAAUACAUAUUUGAUUGAAAUAUAAAUAUCAGUAUCGUCGUCGAUGGCUAUAAUCGAUGCAUGUACCGAAAGGAUUCAAUCAGAACCACAGCUUGAAAAAGUUCCGAGAAUAAUUGUUUCAAACCGUUAUAUAAAAGUUAUGGUCCGAAACUAUUACGAAGAACUUCUAUUCUGAAUAACUGUUACGAGGGACUUAAAAGUCGUGCUAUAUCGAUUUGGAUUAAAGCUUUUGCGUAAGCUCAUAUAGGUUCUAUAACCGUUAUUUAUAAAGUAUUUAAAUUUAGGCAUUUACUUGAACCGGUAUAGUCCGAAAUUUACGUUCUUUAUAACAGUUUUCGAGCCCUGAUCAAAACUAGUGAAUUGAAUCUAUGUAUUCAGUGAUCGUAGGUGUACGACUUACCUCGGGCGCAAAUUUUAUUUUUUAGAAGGGUGCAUCUAUCAAACAGUUGGAAAUGUCUAAUUUACAGGGUUGGCCUUCGAAAUGAUUUCUUUUCUAAAACUAAAAAGUCAGUCGAUUAAAUAUAACAGUGCUUAAGAAUUCUAGCUUCGAGUAGCAGUCAUAGUAAAACGUAUAAACUUAAAAUGUGAAUGUAAUUGUUAUUAAUACAGAUCAAAUUAUUCCUAUGAUUCUUCAAUUUGAAUUCAAGUUAAACAUCGCUUAAAAAUCCAAAUGAAAUGUAUCUUCAACAAGUAAUGAUUGUUAAUUGGUUUAACAUGUUCACGGUAUUUGCUCUUGUAUUUCAAUAUAAACUUUCUUUUUGGUUUCACAAUGUAACAGAUACAUUCACUGAUCCAACUAUUUAAACGUGCCAUAUUGUUGUAAAUUAUAAGAUAGUUUUGUGUAAACUAAAAAAACAAUAGUUGCUGUAAACAAAUUGAUAAAUCGAUUGCAAUAAAACUAAGAAAAAAUCAGCUAUUCUAAUGAAAAUAAAUUUAUUAUAAUAGAGACAGCGCAGAUUUAACGAAUUAUAAAAGAAAUAUAAUAAAACAUGCACACGCGCACACAUACAACACAAACAGAAUUACUGCAAAGAAGUCGGAACGAGUAAAAUUUAUUUAAACUAAGAACAUAAAACAAUAUUGUUAAUUUUAUUGUAAUGAAAUGAAAACGAUAUUCUUAGUUUUACUGCUCUGUGUGAUGUUAAGAAACUUUCUGUAAAAAUAGUUUAAACGCAAAAACUUUCGUCCAUGUUUGCAGAAAAAAAUCUUUUCAACUAAACAUAUCUCACUGUUUUCCAUUUUACUGUGCAUCCUUUGUGUGAAAAAUUCUAUGUAACAAAAAGCUUAAUAAAGAUACGAUUAAAUUACUUAUAGAUGCCUUAGCAGUUACUCUUAAUAGUGUAUGAUAAGGACGUUGAAAAAUUCCUAAAACAAAAGUACAUUAUUUUCAUGAGGUAUUAUUUAAACAGUAUUAUAUAUUAUGAAAAAAAGGGCAUAAAACCAUACGCGUAUACAUGUAAAUAUAAAACUAAAAGGAACCCGAUGUACAUAUGUAGUUCCUCAGCAUUGGGACGAUUGUUUACGCAUGCGCAAGACGUAUGUUCUGAAGGAUAAAUUUUUUGAUCACCGAUUUAUUCCUCUGUUCGGUGAUCCACAUUAAGAAGGUAGAUCGUAAACAUGCCUUUGAAAAAGUUGUGCUCAAAAUUUUAUUUUAUUCUUUUCCUUUUUGUAAUUACAGAGCGCAAACUUUAGGUAUUUUUUAUCUUGUAAUUACUUAAAAAAAAGUAUUUUCAAGCACAAUUUUUUUUUAACAGGUUCAAGGUGGUCUACCUUCUUAAUU